AACCUUCCUUCCUCUCCUGCUGAGUUUCCCCCUAAAUAUACACAAUUGUCCCCCUUUCCACUCCCCUAAGGAAGACAGAUAUUUCCCCUCAUAAAAACCAAAACAAAACACUAAAAAACCCCUUUCUUCCUCUCCUUUCUCCCCAUUCAUGGCUGAUAAUACAAGCGAUAAUCUCAGAAUUAGAGUAGAAAGAAACCCUCCUGAAUCCAAACUUUCUGAGCUAAACAUCAAGUGCUGGCCCAAAUGGGGGUGUUCUCCGGGGAAGUACCAGCUGAAGUUCGAUGCAGAAGAGACCUGUUAUUUGCUGAAAGGGAAAGUCAAGGCAUACCCAAAAGGAUCGUCGGAGUAUGUGGAGUUUGGUGCUGGAGAUCUCGUCGUCAUACCCAAAGGACUCAGCUGCACCUGGGAUGUCUCCAUCGCCGUCGAUAAAUACUACAAAUUUGAGUCAUCUUCACCUCCGCCACCGCAACCUCCUCCUUCUACCUCAUCCUCCUCCUCUCAGUAACAUCCUAAUUACUGUUUUUCUUUUCUUGAAUUUCAUUUUGUUUCUCUUCUUCCCAGUAAAGUAAUUCUUUGAAAUUCAUUAAAAAAGUGUUGUUGGUUUUUUUUUUUUUUGAUAUUUUUGGUCAAAGGAAAAGGGCUAGUCAAUCACGUCUCAAUCCCCCCUUCAAAUUAAUGUGUGUUUUUUUUUUUUUUUGUGACUUUUUGCUUUUUAAUUUUUCCUUUGACCGGUCAACGACUCUAGUGUAAUGAAAUUAAUUAUUUACCUUGUAAAGUCGGUAAUACCCAUAGGAAUGCAAUGUUGGUUCGUGACAAAAUUUGUGGACUUUCAUGUUCUGUUUGUGUAUUUUAUAAUUUGUGGACUUACUUGUAAUUAAAUAAUUAAUAAAUUAUAAUAAAUUAA